GGUGCCAUCCAGCGGCCAGCGGCUCUUGGCUAGUCCGACGAUCCCCUGUCUAGCCGAAACAGAGCACCGCUUCCGCCUUUCCCCUCCCCCACCACACCGCAGUGCCGCCGCCGCCGCCGCCGCUUCUGCCAACGCCGUGCGCCGUCCCCCCAUGUGGUCUCCAUCCGUACGCCGCCCCCGCUCGCCCGUCUCCCCCCCUUAUCGCGCCGGCCCCCUAACAGCGCACGGCCGGAUCCUCCUUUGCCGGCGAGUCGGAGGGGACCAAGCUCUGGAUCCAACGUUGUCAACCGAUGGAGCUCACGGCGUCCACAUUUCCACCGCAAGGUAAUCUAGCCAUUAAUCAACUAAUCACCGGUAAAGCAAGGCCGGCCAGUGCCUUUUUCCCUUCAAAGAGGAAGAGCUCACAAUAGGGUAAUGGGCUCGGCAAGAAUGACAUUCUUCAGCAGCCACUGAUAUAAUGGUCCUGGGGGGCACAAGUGAUCAAUUUGCUGCUCAACCACAACCACAGGUGAUCAAUUUGUCUGAUGGAUACUUAGCGAGCUAAUUAGGAUUGGGAGUCCUGCUGCUCUUCUGCAAUAAGCCUCCCUUGUGUCUUCUUCUGCCAUUGAGUGGUCACUGAUGGCCGGAGUGGUGCGCCUAUGGAACGAUUGGGAGGCCCAAAUCCUAGUGCUUGCUAGCUUUAUGCUGCAAGUGUUCCUGCUCAUGUUCGCCAGGAUGCGACGACGGAACAUCUCCAUCAUCCCAAGGACCCUCCUCUGGCUAGCAUACCUGCUGGCAGACUCCAUAGCGAUAUACAUCCUCGGCCACAUGUCCUUCUAUGGAAAGUCCCACGGGCACCAACAACUCAUGGCGUUCUGGGCGCCAUUCUUGCUAGUGCACCUCGGUGGCCAGGACAACAUCACCGCCUACUCCAUAGAAGACAGCCAGCUCUGGCUGCGCCACCUGCUCUCUUUUGUUGUUCAGACAGUGGGAGUGGCUUAUGUCCUCUACAAGUAUGUCGCUGGCAGCUGGACCUUGGCCACAGCCGCGAUGCUGAUAUUUGUCGCCGGUGUUCUCAAGUAUGGGGAGAGAGUAUGGGCGCUCAAGUCGUCCAGCCUGGAGAACAUGAUUAGUUUCCUCGACAGCAGGAAGUUGAGUGAGGCUAAACGAGAACAACAUGCACAGCAGGGCCAAGGGGAAAAGCUGGAUCCUGAAGAGGUUCUGCAAGGAGCUCAUGAUUUGCUCCCCAUUUGCAUGGGUCAGUUUGUGGACUAUAAGUUCUGGCCAUCCCAAUUUCAGAGUAAAGCUGUAGAGCUAUUCGAUAACAAGGGCCAAAUGUUUGAAUUGGUUGAGAUGCAGCUCUCCUUGAUGUAUGAUUUCCUAUAUACCAAGGCAGCGGUGGUCUUGACAUGGUAUGGAUGCUUCAUCCGUGCCAUGUCAUCAGCUGCCACGAUCAGUACUUUCUUCCUAUUUCAAUCAAGCAUUGUCAAACAUGACUUCAACAGAGUUGAUGCCAUUGUCACAUACAUCUUAAUAGCUGGGGCUGUCCUCCUAGAGAUGACAGCAUUGUUGAAGGCAAUGGGAUCAACAUGGACAUGCGCAUUGUUGCAUGCUGGAAGAUGGCACUGGCUUCACAGAAUAAUCGUAUCUGUGCGGCGGUGUGUCAAGGCUGCGGAAAGAAAUAGAAGAUGGUCAGGUUCCAUUGGACACCCUGAGUUGCUGAACUCGUCCCAUGGCAGUGGAGGCUGUGUGCAGAGCUUGAGAUGCAAAGGUUUGUGGAAGAAGCUAGGCCAGUCCUUACCUGUCAUUUCAGAUGAUACUAAGAAGCUGGUGUUGGAAGAGGUACGAAGAAUGGUGGAGGCAUGUGAAGGCAAAGAGGAUAUCAUGAGGAGUUACAGUGGUCAGUGCGCGCUGAAUCCAUGGCAUGGAUUUUUCAAGGAUCCCACCUUGCACGCUGGCAUUGAUUUUGAUGACAAAAUCCUUUCCUGGUACUUUGCGACCAAAAUAUUCUUCGCAUGGUCUUCUUGUGUGGAAGAGCGGGGUUAUGUUGAGGCAAUCACGGCAGUGUCAAAUUACAUUAUAUUUCUCCUUGCUGAACGUCUCUACAUGCUGCCUAGCCCUGUUCGCCCCGGAUUGUAUGCCAGUACUAAAGCAGCAUAUGUGGGGCUUGAUUUUUCUGACAGGGAACGCAUCAGCAAAAAGUUGGGGUUGGACAGAAGAAGAAGAAUCUGGGAUCUGGACACAAGAACGGGUGGGGACGAUCUGCACAGAGUAAGGGGGAAGCUGGACAUAAUAAAGGAGGAUCUGGACAUAAUAAGGGAGGGUCUGGUCAGUGGAAGCUGGGAUUUUCACAAUAGCUUGGUGGAGCUGAAGACAGUGCACAGAAUGAAGAUGGAGCUGGGCAUAAUUGGGGAGGAGCUGGACAAUUUAAGGUUAGAGGUGGGCGGUAGAAGGGAGAAGCUGGAGGUGCUGGACAGAAGAAGGGAGGAGCUGAAGGAGCUUUAGCUGGAGGUGCUGGACAGAAGAAGGGAGGAGCUGAAGGAGCUGAACAGAAGAAGGGAGGAGCUGGACAUAAGAAGUUCUGAAGUUGAGGGUAGAGGGGAGGAUAACCUGGACCUGGACCCGGAGGAGCUGAACAGAACAUUGAAAAAGCUAGAGGAGCUGGACAGAAGAAGUCAGGAGCUGCGUUUCGGACCUUCACCUCCACCUCCCUUAAUCUGUGGAGUUGAGCUUGUUGUUUGGCUGCUAGAGGCGGAGGCGCAGGGCAAGCAGGUGCGGCGGGUGCUACUUGGGGUGUGGGUGGAGAUGAUGUGCUAUGCGUCCCACCACUGCAGUAGGGAUUCCCACGCCAGGCAGCUCAACAGUGGUGGUGAAUUCAUUACAGUCAUCUGGCUUCUAUCCACUGCCAUGUUCAAUCGCUCCUACUGUAAUGAGGAUUGGUUUAAGAAGGGCGCACACGAAUUCUUCAAGCGACCAUUCCAUGUUGAGGAAGAGCACCGAUUGUUGAUGGAAGUGCUUCAUUCAUCGAGGCCUACAUAACUGAGAGCUACAUACCAGACAAGAGUGGGGGAGAUUGGUUCAUGAUUGAGUGGCUAAUUCAUUGUAUUGUGCACUAGUAAUUUUAUAUUCAAAAGAGGAGAAACUUGAUGAGUCCUUGAUGACUAGCAAUUUGUGAUAUUUUUCCUUAUCAAAGACAACCAUUCGCUUGCAUGUACUCGGUUCAUAUGAGCACCGACAUGUUUGUUACA